AUGGCAGAAAGUGAAUCGCCUCGGAAACGGCAGCGAACCAAAGGUCCUGCUGAUAACGAGAACGCGUCUGGAAACUUGAACGAACCCGUGAAACGAGCGACGAGAGCUUGCGAUCAGUGCCGAGCACAGAAGAAGAGAUGCGAUUCCGGUCAUCCAUGUCAGACAUGUCAAAGAGCAUCUCUCGAAUGCCACUACGGUAAACUAGCCAGGAAACGUGGCUUUCCGACAGGCUAUGUUCGCAUCAUUGAGGCUUUAUGGGCUCUUGUCUUCCAGGCUGUGCCGAACAGCGAAGAGACUGCUUUGCAUCUGCUGAAACAGUCGAAAAUUGGUUAUGACAAUGAAGGGAAAGCCACGCUACUCAACUCGCAUUUUAGUGAGGUAUAUUCUUCUCGGAAAGCCUGGCUGGACAGCUCGAUUCGAAGAGAAGUCGACAAGUUGGCAUUGCAGCUAGAAGACGGCGUAGCGAGAGAAAUCGGUGCAUAUAGUGAUAUGGUCACUGCUCCGUUGUUGGACUGGACUGUUACCACAGAUGUUGCAGUUGGACAGCCCUCUCAUUCACAGCAAGCAAUCGGUACAUCUGCCGAACAUGAAAAGGACGACUCGCAUCGCAACGAGGUUGCACCGCACGACCGCCGUUCUGAACCUCUCAUAUCAAUUCCUGCAAAUGCAUGGAGCCUUGUUGAAACUUACUUCAAGUUUACUCACUCUUGGUUACCACUCACGGCAAAGCACAGUAUCGUUCGUGCUUUGACCGAAGCGCAAGAAGCACCACAACUCCAUUCGCGUUCGAAGUGCUUAUUGUGGAGCAUUUUUGCCCUUGCUUGUCUGCAGCAACCUGGUGACACCAACGAAUAUCUAUCGAAAAGGUUUUCAUGUGAAGCCAAGAGAUUGAUCUGGACCGAGGCUAGAAGCUUCGAGCUCAGCCAUGCUCAAGCUCUGGUGGUAUUAACGACGUUGGAUAUGGCCAAAGGCCGGUGGGAAGCCGCAUCCCUCACUCUUCGGCGUUUUAUUCAAGCUAUGGUCUACCUGCAACGUUCACGCCCGCCGCCAAUUGAGAUGAUGCCAGAAUUAAAGCGGACGGUCCUCGCAGGUUUUGUUUUGGACACGCUUCUUGCAGCCCGUACGGGGACCAUACCACAACUCCGGUCAACCGAAGUCUCCAUAGCGAUUCAAUUUAGCGAAAACGAGGCCGACGAGUGGGAACAGUCGUCACCGAGCAACGUCCCGGCGCUUUCACACCGUCCUCUGAGGGUACUGAGCACAUUCAAGCAAUAUGUUAUGCUUUUGUCAAUACUGAAUGACUCGCUGUGUGGGUUUCACACCAACGAGGAUUGUGAAAUCAACCUUCAUCAAUGCCGACAGAGACUUUCGAAAUGGAAAUUGGAUCUGCCAAAACAUUGUCAAGGCCAGCCUGCUGCCACGACAGAGAUCGCUAUGGAAGUCUUGCCACCUGUUGCGAAUUUGACCCUUACUGCUGAGAUGGUAUCAUGUCUUCUCCUUGGUCGGCGAGAAGCAUCUGACAAUCCAAUGAUGUAUUCGUCCUUUACUGAUCAAGUCAAAUCUGUUUCCAAAGAGGCAUAUGAGAUGGCUUUUGGCUCUGCUGCCUGGCGAGGCAUUCUAGACCUGGACGUGCAUAGAAAUCGAUUGGGAUGGAGCAGCGAAGGGAGUAACGAUUGCCUCGACGUUACCAGUCAAGAACAAUCUUACCAUAUCAAUCUCGAAGAACCAAAUCCUGAUCCUAUCAUGGAGGGUUCACCAACAAGAAGUCUCAUUUGCACGCAUGGCUUGUUUAAACAACCUCGACCUGAAGCCCGUGGAUUGAAUAAAACCAAUCAAUUCGCAACGCAGCAGGUAGCUGAACUCACACACUCGGAGUUUGAUGCAGUUCCAACGAUGAACAGCACCAGAACGCCCGGUCAGAGUUUCCCGUUGUUAAACUUCAACCAAGGGUCAAUACUUUCGGAGACGCUGUAUGAUACGUCGAAAGAGUACAGUGAUGAAGCGAUAGAAGCCCUUUUGGAAGAGUUUUCUGAACAGCAAAACGUCAGCUGGGAUGAAAUGGAAGCUCAAUGCAUGUACAAUCUUGGAUUCAUGUCCCCAAGUGGAACAAUGUCUUGA